CGCUUGCUUAGACUACUUCUGCCGAGGUCUGCAGUGCCCUGCCAAGAUAUCAGGGGCACUCAGGGAAGAUAUCAUCAGCCUGAUUAAGUUCUGGCAGCUGAUGCACUCGGAUAAGAAGUAUUUGAAGAGCAGCGAUAUUCAGCGCUUGCUUAGACACUUCUGCCGAGGUCUGCAGUGCCCUGCCAAGAUAUCAGGAGCCUUGAGAGAGGACAUCAUCAGCUUAAUCAAGUUCUGGCAGCUGAUGCACUCGGAUAAGAAGUAUUUGAAGAGCAGCGAUAUUGGCGGUGAAUUCGAAUUGAUGGGACCAAGCAGUCAGCAAAGCAUUUACACGUCAAAUUCCCCAACUGACAACCGGUCGUCUGUGAAUAGCAGUGACAUUGGUAGCAGGCAGAAUACAGGAUGGAUAAAUACGGUUCCCAUGUCCACCACGACGCUAAGCAGUGGCGCUGGCAGCAUAGCGGGCAAGCGUUCCAACCGCAGCGUGAAACCGCCCGCUAAGUCGCAGGACACAUUCGUCAAAGACUACGUUCGGAAGAGGAAUCUUAUACUGGAGCUUAUGGCUGUUGAAAUCGAGUUCCUAGUAACAUGGCACAACCCCCACGGUCGGCCAGAGCAAGCGGUGCCGGGUGAAGACAAUAUAGCGACGUGGCGCUCCAAGCCCAACACAGAUCGCACUUGGAAGGACUACGCGAAACUGGCGUGGGAUAUCAGUCCCACGCUGGCCGUGUUUUUGCCUGAGAGACUGAAAGCCGAAAGCAUCACAGCCGAGAUCAGACGGAAGGUGCUAGCGCAUCCCAUAGCAGUGUGUCACGUGCCCCAAGCGCUGAAGUACCUGGUCACCACCGACACGCUGUUGGGAGACGCGCAUGAGUUCCGCGCCAAGCCCUACGGCAUGACACGCCCAAUAGAAGCGCUGUCAUACUUCAGCCGACAGUACCCGCCACACCCACUAUCGGCGCAGGCGGCGGUCAUGACUCUGACUUCCUACCUUUCUUCUGCCGUGCUACUGUAUAUCCCGCAGCUGGUGCAAGCGCUACGGCAUGACACGAUGGGUUAUGUCGCGGAGCUGAUCAAGUCUCUGGCGAAGAAGUCCCAAGUGGUGGCCCACCAGCUCAUCUGGAACAUGCACACCAACAUGUACACUGACGAGGAGAUGCAUAAUAAAGACACUGCGCUAUUCGACGUGCUAGAAGCUCUCACAAAGAGCAUAGUGGACACGCUAUCAGGGCCAGCCAAGGCGUUCUAUGAGCGAGAGUUCGAUUUCUUCGGCCAGAUCACCAACAUUAGUGGCAUCAUCAGACCUUUCCCGAAGGGAGCUGAGAGGAAGAGGGCGUGCUUGGAAGCGUUGAAAAACAUUAAGGUUCAACCAGGCUGCUACUUACCCUCUAAUCCGGACUCUAUGGUAUUGGACAUAGACUACAAAAGCGGUACUCCUAUGCAAAGUGCUGCGAAAGCUCCAUAUCUGGCUAGAUUCAGGGUGCGGAAGUAUGGCAUAGAAGAGAUGGAAUCUGUCGCCAUGGCGAUUGCUUCAGGGGAAGACCCACCAGUCGAGGAAGGCAAGGACCGAUACACGUCCAUAGUGUCGGAGGCGUGGCAAGCGGCCAUCUUUAAAGUGGGCGAUGACGUCAGGCAAGACAUGUUGGCGCUGCAAGUGAUAUCGCUGUUCAAGAACAUAUUCCAACAAGUCGGGUUGGAUCUGUACUUGUUCCCGUAUAAAGUUGUGGCUACGGCACCAGGGUGCGGUGUGAUAGAGUGCGUGCCGAACGCCAAAUCCCGAGACCAGCUGGGAAGACAGACUGACAUCGGCAUGUAUGAGUACUUCAUCAAGAAGUAUGGCGACGAGACUACUAGAGAAUUCCAGGCUGCCAGGAGGUGUUUCGUGACAUCCAUGGCGGCGUACAGCGUGAUCGGAUUCCUGCUUCAGAUCAAGGACCGGCAUAACGGGAACAUCAUGCUGGACACAGAUGGACAUAUCAUUCAUAUAG